AUGAAGUUCUCCGCCGUCGCCCUCGCUACCAUUGUGGCCGUUGUCUCCGCCCAGGGAAUCGCUGAUAUCCCAGCUUGCGCUCAAACCUGUCUCCUCCCAGCCCUCCAGGCUACUGGCUGCAGCUUGACCGACUUCAAGUGCUCUUGCUCCAACAAGAGCUUCGUCAGCGACUCCACCGACUGCAUUGAGAAGAGCUGCUCCCCAGCAGAUAUUGCCAAGGCUGCCAAGGCUACCUACGAGCUCUGCAAGGCUGCCGGUGUCGAGAUUGUGACCAGGGCCCCACCUGCUGCAACUACUUCUGCCGCUCCAACCACCGCUGAGCCAGAACCAACCACUGCUGAGCCAACCACUGCUGAGCCAGAGCCAACUACCUCUGAGGCUGUAUCCUCCAGCGCUGGCCCAACCUACGGCGAGCCAGAGCCAUCCACCACCGCCGCUGUCUCAUCCACCUAUGCCCCAGCCCCAACCACCAUCAUCUCCACCACCGCUGCUGGAAAUGCCACCCAGACCCAGCCACCACCACCACCAAGCACCGGUGCUGCCGUUGCCAUCGCUGGCAACGUUGUCCUUGCCCUCGGUGGUGCCGUCGCUGCUUUCUUCUUGUAA